UUCCUUUCGAUAGGAAACUCGUACUGACGUAAAGGAACCAGAGCAGGCAGAUCCCCGUGUUAAUUAAGAGCGUUAAUGUCACUGUUUUAGUGAAUCUAUGCGGCCUGUCUCAUUCUAUUCGCACUAAAUUACCCAGGUUUGGUGACUACAGGGCGGACAGGAAGAAACAGCCACCGAGAGGGACAUACGAGAGGAAAAUAAGCAGUGUUUGGCAUGGCUGAUCUGCUGAGGCUGCUGCUGCGGGUGGCUGAGAAAGCGGCUAACGUGGCUCGGGUCUGCAGGCAGGAGGCUCCGCUCUUUCAGCUCCUCGUACAAGAGAAGACCGGAGAUGACAAGAACAAGAAGUUCGUCCAGGACUUCAAGACUCUCGCUGAUGUGGUGAUCCAGGAGAUGAUCCGACAUGAUGUUGGUGCUCAGUUCCCUGAAAUGGCUGGCUUCAUUCAUGGAGAGGAGUCCAACAAGUUUGAAAAUGGGCUUGGAGAGAGUGUGACCGUCACAGUGUGCGGUACAGAAGAGGAGACCGCAGCGCUGCUGGCCACGGUGCUGGAUGGAGACCACACGGCGGCGUCUCUGCUGGCUCGAGCCAUCCACCAAAACCCGGCGAACAUCGACAGCAGCACUGACGGUCUGACGGUGCCCCUCAGCCCCUCUGAGCUCGGCAUCUGGAUCGACCCCAUAGAUGCCACCAGCCAGUACAUAGAGGGCAGAGAGGAGGUGCUGGAGAAGGGUCACCUGUCUCCUUCGGGUCUGCACUGCGCUUUGGUUCUGAUCGGGGUUUACCUCCGGAGCACAGGCGAGCCUGUCAUGGGCGUCAUCAACCAACCAUUCAACUACAAAGAUCCCUCGGGUGGAGGCUGGAGAGGGAAGCACUUCUGGGGUGUGUCCUGUGGCGACAUCAACGUCUGCUCGCUGUCCCGGCCCAAAGGUAACUCUGAAAACGGGCGAGGUCUCUCUGUGGUGCUAAGCUCCAGUGAGAAGCAGGUAGUAAAGGAAUCCCUGACCUCACUGUGCAGCCCCGAGCAGCUGGUCUACGCCUCUGGAGCCGGCUACAAGAUCCUGUGCGUCAUUCAGGGCCUUGCUGACGUCUACGUCCUCUCAGAGGGCAGCACCUUUAAGUGGGACUCGUGCGCCCCUCAUGCCCUGCUGCGAGCCCUCGGAGGAGGAGUGGUGGAUCUGACUAAGAGUCUACAGUCCAGCUCUGGAUCGCAGGAUCACCAGACAGAACUGACCUAUCACCAGCCUUACGCUGAGUGUAAAGGAGCCGACCGCUGGGCUAACCAUGGCGGCCUGGUGGCUUAUCGAGACUGUUCUCAGCUCCGCAGCAUCGUCGCGGCCCUGAAAGGCAAGCUGUAGUUGAAAACACAGUGGAUGUAGUCAGCAUACACUGAUGCAGUUAUUGUUGCGUAUAUGAUCAUAUUCAUUUUUUUCUAUAUCAGAGGAAAGAAAGUUGGCAUUGAAGGAUGAAAUAUUUUAAUUAUAAUGAAUACUGUAUUAUUUUUAACCAGAUAUAUAUGCAAGUGUAUAUUUUACAAGGUAAACUUCAGGUCUGGGCCAAAAAAUAUUUGCAAAUAUUGUUUAGUUUUUAGUCUUGAGGUUCAGGGGGAAAACAUUUAGCAAAACCUGAGUGAAUCUAAUUUAUUUGAGAACAAUAAGCAAACAAGAGCGCUCUGAUGCUGGGAAGGCUAUCAAGCUUCAGGUUAGAAAGAUUUGUUCAGAAAGCAAAAUGAAGUGUAAUGUAUGGGAACUUAACACUAACAGGUGAUGCUCAUGAAUCAAACGUCCGUGAAAUCCAAAAUAUGAAAAAGCCAAUUUUAUUCCUGGGUUCAUUGUCAAUAUACUGUACCAACUGAGCCAUGCAGGAAGAGACACAUGCAGUUCAUGUUCCCAGUUCUGUCGUCAGUUCAUAGAAAUUCACUGAAUUUAAACAUUGGGAAGUCUGAGGCCAAAUGUUUUUCUGGCAUCGAAAGCAGAAAAUGACAGAAAAAGUUUGGGAACCGCUGAUUUACGUCUCACCAGACUGGUGUAACUUCCCUCACAGGACAGCGCAAUGGACGGCUGAAAGUUUAGAUAAUCAGGUAAUGCUCUGGUUACUUCCUCCUAGCAGCUACAACAAACUUAACAUUAUUUGUGAAUUCUGUUAAGCUCAGGCCUGAUAGGCAUUUAUUAAACAUUUGCUAAAGCUUUGUAACUGUUUGUCUCCAUGUGGCAUAAAGAGUUUGUCAGAGUUCGGAUGAACUAGAGUGCUCACUGCUGGACAGCUGAGGAACGCUUCACUGCCAGAGGAAAGGUAACGUGACAUCAUAAGGCUGCUUCUGACUGAUCUGAGGGAUUUUUGUUGGAUUCAAAGGUCUAAAUUGCAGUUAUGAAAAGUGAUAUUGCAAUUUUUCCACCCCAUCUAACCUGUUGAAGGCUAUAUUAAGUCAAGAGAGGGGGCUAGACUCUGCACCUCUCAGAAACAACUCCUUGUAAGGAGCAGAGGGAUACACAUGCCCUGCCCUCUUUCCACGGCCAUGGCACCGUUAUUUAACAAGGUCAGAGAGUGGAAAAGCCAUAUGAGGUAAAACAGUGACACAGAGCCCUUUUCAGCGUAGGUUUACAGUAAAAUGAAAUAUUAGGCCAAUUCGAAGGACGGGACCUCGGCAAGCUAACAGGCUGCUCUGAGCGGGAUUCUUAGUGUUGACACAUGUAACCCUACUGUGUAUGUUUAAAACGAUUUGUAACAUUGAUAUGCAUCGUUAGGAACUGAUAAAUCAUUUGUUAAGUAUAUACUGAGCACAGAACAGAACAAACAUUGUGCAUAUAGGAAAUCAUCUUUAUUUUGAAAACCAGAGAAAGCGGGGGAACGAAACCCAACAGCGAUAUUUUAAAACUGUUUGCCAGCCAGGGAACUCGCCACAUAAUUCCCUACAAAAAACCCUGAUGAUUGUCAGAUAUUUUUUGCAAUACUUCUGCAUAUUCUGUUAAAAACUUGAGAAAAAAAAAACUCUUAAGUGUUGGCUCUUUCUUUGACUUCGAACUGCUACCUUUAACAUACAGCACUGUACAUUCUUAAGUCAAGGUGGACAUGUGGAAAACAACGUGUUCUGCUUAACGUCGGUGCAGUUUCCUACACAGGGAAAAGUAGAUUUUCGACAGUUUAUCAUGAUCCAAAAACCAGUUCUCUGAAAAAGUGAAUAAGAACACAGAUGGUCAACGCCUCAACGAGUAUGUAAGAAGAAUAAUUGUUGGAAAAGAAAAUCUGGAGCAAAUUUGUGAACGAAAUACUACCAAAGUAAUUUCUGUCUGAUUAUCACAUACUAACAAUCUGAAUGUAACCCUGACAUCUUUGAAAAUUACAUUUUAUAGCCCUCAUAGUUUUGGCUUGGCUCUAAUCUUCCUUAAGGCUAUCAAGUUGUUUUUACCAAAAUAGACUUAAUGCAGGACUAGUUUUACUCUCUCGUUUUGUGAGAUACUUUGAUUUCAUUUGAAAGGAAGGGCCACUUUAAUUUACAGUAACUCAAUCCAUGUCUGGGAAACUGGCCAAAUAUACAAGAGGAAAACAAUGUGUCAUAUGAAGAGAAAUGUGGUAAACUUAAUGUCCUUCUUCAGUGAACUCGACAUUUGCAACAAAGGUUCAUCUUUUAAGGCGACUACAGAUUCCAGAGCGGUAAGUGAAGUGCAAUGGGCUGUCAACUCAAAUCUUUUUUU